UAUGAUAUAAUUUUUGUUUCGACUCCUACCUCUAAAAGUAGAAACAUAAGCACAUGUUUUUGUGAAUACGAUUUAGGACAAUUUAAAGAAUCGUGAGCAAAAAUAAAACAAGGUUUACAAGGGUUAGGCUCCCAUUAAUAAGCCACGGGUCGAAUGAUAUAUUGUUCUUUCACGUUUAAAGUAAUAAGUUCAACAUUAGAGGAAUCAAUAUUAAUUUGAAUACCGACUCCAGCAAAAAUUUGCGAAAGCUUUUAGUAGUUAAAAGGACCAACAACAAGAGGAACUUCAAUUUUACUAGCAAUUUUGGAGACGUCACUCCCCAACCAACAAUAAAAAAUGACGAUUAGAAAAUUUAACCCAAAUAUGAAUAUUUUUAUAGUUCAUACUAACCCGUCGGAAAUCAUGUGUACUACAUUUCUCAUUAAUAAACCAAAUAGCUCGAGACAUAACUAAUUGCAUAUUUUCUAUACAAUAAAAUUUAGGUAGAAAAAACCCUCAUUAAGAGAAAGAAGCUAAACUAAAUCUUUCAAUUUCCAAAUCUUGCCAAUAACUUAUAAAAAGGUUGCCGUACAAGGAACGUCCCAACAGAUGACCGAUAAGAACCAUGUUCUAUCGUUUCAAACCUUCUUCAAACUCUUCCCUAGAGAACGAAUUUUUAUCCGCUGCACCAUGCAAAUAAGAAGGAUUAAAACUAGAUGAACUUGAAAAAUGAGAAGAUAUCAAACAUUUCCAGUUACGAGUUGGAAAAGGGCCAAGAAGAGAUCAGAUAGAGGAAGAAAUAACUUUGGUCAAGCCCUAGAAAAAAUCAAAAGUCGCCGGAGCCAUCUCUCAAAAACCCCCACGAGGGGAUUUUCUUCAUUUCUGUUUUUUUUUUUUAUUAAAUAGAAUGGUGUGUUACUCUUAUUUUUCUAAUAAAUAAGUAAAUAAAACCUAAGUGAAACGCGAAGAAACUGCAUUCAAUCCUGAUUCUAAACGAUUAAAACGUGCGGAGGACAACAGCCAGACCGUGUAGCGCGUGGUAGAGCGAAACGCUGGACAACCAACCAGUCAACGCGUCCAUACUGAGCCAAGCGAAAAAAUAAAAAGGUUCGUUUAAAAGGUGAAUGAGUUUCACCAUGUGUACCGCAGAGAUAGGAUCAAAGAUCAAUUGCACAAGUUUUAAAGCAAUCCAAUGGCUACAAUGGAUGCGCGGGCUCAUUUUUUGUAACCGUUCUUCAUCCUCGUUCCAUGUUUCUAUAUUUUGAAUCACUUAAAAAAAUGUUAUUUUUCUCUUAAAUUAAUCUUCUGACGAACGAAUCAUAGUAGAGAAUUAUGAAUAGAUUUCUCCCUGAACUGGGCCCCACUAUUCUCGGAAAAUUGUGCACUUAUCAUUCUUGUCACCGCCCUGUUAACAUGAGGACGAUUCAAUUUACUGUACUGGUCAGCACCUCUGGUCAGUUUCUUCAACGUCGUGCGUUGGUAUAAAUAAGCAGCGGUGACCAGAUUCGGAGGCCGCUGGCCCCAGCACUCCCGCAGUUUAUAAUCGCUUUCCUCUUCUAUUUCUACAUCCAUCGAUCUUUUAGCUGCUGCUAAUCUUCGAUCUCAUCUUCUCUUCUAUAGAUUGAUUUGCAGGUUUAAUCACAUGGAAGGGUUUGAGAAUCACAGCCCGUCUCUCUUUACUCCCUACCAAAUGGGCCGCUUCCGCCUCACACAUCGGGUAGUUCUGGCGCCAAUGACGAGAUGUCGUGCUCUAAACGGAGUUCCGCAGCCUGCUCACAUUGAAUAUUAUGCCCAAAGAGCCACUGACGGUGGCUUGUUAAUUACCGAGGGAACCUUGGUUUCACCCAAGGCUGGAGGGUUUCCACAUUGCCCUGGAAUAUACAAUCCAGUGCAAAUAGAUGCGUGGAAGAAGGUUGUUGAUGCUGUGCAUGCCAAAGGAAGCAUUAUUUUCUGCCAAUUGUGGCAUGUUGGAAGAGCUUCUCACCAAGUAUACCAACCCAGUGAUGAUUCUGCUCCACUUUCUUCUACGGAUAAACCGAUCUCUGGGAGGUGGAGGAUAUUGAUGCCUGACGGGAAAUAUGGUACCUACCCGAGGCCUCGCCCUCUUGCUGCUUCUGAGAUACCAAAAAUUGUGGAGCAGUACAGGCAAGCGGCCAUCAAUGCAAUAAAAGCAGGUUUCGACGGCGUGGAGAUUCACGGGGCCCACGGUUACCUGAUAGACCAGUUUCUCAAAGACGGCAUCAACGACCGGUCCGACCGUUACGGCGGUCCGCUACAGAACCGUAUCCGGUUCCUCGUCGAACUUGUCCGAUCCGUGACCUCUGCCGUUGGGCCGGGCAGAGUGGGCGUCCGAAUAUCCCCAGCCAUUGACCAUCUCGAGGCCCAUGACUCCGAUCCCCUUUCCCUCGGCCUUGCCGUUGCCAAGAACCUCAAUGCGAUACAGAAUACCGCCGGUGAGAAGCUCUUAGGUCAACAUGCAGCGUGUGGAUGCCGUCACCAACCGGUGGACGGAAGAUCUGUCAGCAACGGGUUCUCCAUGUGUGCGCCGUACGCGUCGGUGGAAUUUGGACGUGGACUCCGAUGGCUGUGA